CCAGCAGAGGGCGGUCCGGACCCGAGUCUGCCGCGGCGCCAUUGGCGUGUGGAAAAUGCCACCAGAUGGCGGGUUAGGAUUGCGGCUCCGGUGAAGGCGCGGCCCCCGUUCCCGAGCCCCCGGCGACCACCCUGGAACCACCCCCCCACCACGGGAAUAACACACCGGAGACUUUGGGGGGGGGGCAGAGCGAGGUCGACGGCCGGCAGCCGGCCCGGAUGGGCGGCUGAGGAUUGCCUUUGAAGUGGUUUUUAAAGUUUGGAAUUACACAGAAUUUGCUGCACUGUGGAACAACCUUUUCAGCAAUGAUUACUUCAGAGUUACCAGUGUUACAGGAUUCAACUAAUGAAACUACUGCCCAUUCUGAUGCUGGCAGUGAACUUGAAGAAACAGAGGUCAAAGGAAAAAGAAAAAGGGGUCGUCCUGGCCGGCCUCCAUCUACAAAUAAGAAACCUCGAAAAUCUCCAGGAGAGAAAAGUCGAAUUGAAGCUGGAAUUAGAGGAACAGGCCGUGGAAGAGCUAAUGGGCAUCCUCAACAGAAUGGCGAAGGGGAGCCCGUUACGUUAUUUGAGGUGGUGAAACUGGGGAAAAGUGCAAUGCAGUCUGUGGUGGACGACUGGAUUGAAUCAUAUAAACAAGACAGGGACAUCGCACUUCUGGAUUUAAUCAACUUUUUUAUCCAGUGUUCAGGAUGUCGAGGCACUGUGAGAAUAGAGAUGUUUCGAAAUAUGCAGAAUGCAGAAAUCAUCAGGAAAAUGACUGAAGAAUUUGAUGAGGACAGUGGUGAUUACCCUCUUACCAUGCCUGGACCUCAGUGGAAAAAAUUUCGUUCCAACUUUUGUGAAUUUAUUGGAGUCUUGAUUCGACAGUGUCAGUAUAGCAUAAUCUAUGAUGAGUAUAUGAUGGACACAGUAAUUUCCCUUUUGACUGGUUUGUCAGACUCCCAGGUCAGAGCUUUUAGGCAUACAAGUACCCUUGCUGCCAUGAAGCUCAUGACGGCCCUGGUGAAUGUCGCCUUAAACCUCAGUAUCCACCAGGACAAUACCCAGAGACAGUAUGAAGCCGAGAGAAAUAAAAUGAUUGGGAAGCGAGCCAACGAACGGUUGGAAUUGCUACUCCAGAAACGCAAAGAGCUACAAGAGAAUCAGGAUGAAAUUGAAAAUAUGAUGAACUCUAUUUUUAAGGGUAUAUUUGUUCAUAGAUACCGUGAUGCAAUUGCUGAGAUUAGAGCCAUUUGUAUUGAAGAGAUUGGAGUGUGGAUGAAAAUGUAUAGUGAUGCCUUCCUCAAUGAUAGCUACCUAAAGUAUGUGGGCUGGACUCUUCACGACAGGCAAGGGGAAGUCAGACUGAAGUGUUUGAAAGCUCUCCAGAGCCUAUAUACCAACAGAGAGUUAUUCCCCAAAUUGGAGCUAUUUACUAAUCGAUUCAAGGAUCGCAUUGUAUCAAUGACACUUGAUAAAGAAUAUGAUGUUGCUGUGGAAGCUAUUCGAUUGGUUACUCUGAUACUUCAUGGAAGCGAAGAAGCCCUUUCCAAUGAAGACUGUGAAAAUGUUUACCAUUUGGUAUAUUCAGCACAUCGCCCUGUCGCUGUGGCAGCUGGAGAGUUCCUUCACAAAAAGCUGUUUAGCAGGCAUGAUCCACAAGCGGAAGAAGCAUUAGCAAAGAGGAGAGGAAGGAACAGUCCAAAUGGGAACCUCAUCAGGAUGCUUGUUCUUUUCUUUCUUGAAAGUGAGUUACAUGAACAUGCAGCCUACUUAGUGGACAGCUUGUGGGAAAGUUCUCAAGAACUGUUGAAAGACUGGGAAUGCAUGACAGAGUUGCUACUAGAAGAACCUGUUCAAGGAGAGGAAGCAAUGUCUGACCGCCAGGAGAGUGCUCUUAUAGAGUUAAUGGUGUGUACAAUCCGUCAGGCUGCCGAGGCGCAUCCUCCCGUGGGAAGAGGUACCGGCAAGAGAGUGCUAACUGCCAAAGAAAGAAAAACGCAAAUUGAUGACAGAAACAAACUAACUGAACAUUUUAUCAUCACACUCCCUAUGUUACUAUCAAAGUACUCUGCAGAUGCAGAAAAGGUAGCAAACUUGCUGCAAAUUCCUCAAUACUUUGAUCUAGAAAUCUACAGCACAGGCAGAAUGGAAAAGCAUCUGGACGCUUUGUUGAAGCAGAUUAAGUUUGUGGUGGAGAAGCAUGUGGAGUCCGAUGUGCUGGAAGCCUGCAGUAAGACCUACAGCAUCCUGUGCAGUGAGGAGUACACCAUCCAGAACAGAGUGGACGUCGCGCGGAGCCAGCUGAUUGAUGAGUUUGUGGACCGCUUCAAUCAUUCUGUGGAAGACCUGUUGCAAGAGGGUGAAGAAGCUGAUGAUGACGAUAUUUACAAUGUUCUUUCCACUCUAAAGCGGUUAACUUCUUUCCACAAUGCUCACGAUCUCACGAAAUGGGAUCUGUUUGGUAAUUGCUACAGAUUAUUGAAGACUGGGAUUGAACAUGGAGCCAUGCCAGAACAGAUAGUCGUACAGGCACUGCAAUGUUCCCAUUACUCGAUUCUUUGGCAGUUGGUGAAAAUUACUGAUGGUUCUCCUUCCAAAGAGGAUUUGUUGGUGUUGAGGAAGACAGUGAAAUCCUUUUUGGCUGUUUGCCAACAGUGCCUAUCUAAUGUUAAUACUCCAGUUAAAGAACAGGCGUUCAUGCUACUCUGUGAUCUGUUGAUGAUUUUUAGCCACCAGUUAAUGACCGGUGGUAGAGAAGGCCUACAGCCCUUGGUGUUCAAUCCAGAUACUGGACUACAGUCAGAACUCCUCAGUUUCGUGAUGGAUCAUGUUUUCAUUGACCAGGAUGAGGAGAAUCAAAGCAUGGAGGGCGAUGAAGAGGACGAAGCUAACAAAAUUGAAGCCUUACAUAAAAGAAGGAACCUCCUGGCGGCCUUCAGCAAGCUCAUCAUUUAUGACAUUGUGGACAUGCAUGCGGCCGCAGACAUCUUCAAGCACUACAUGAAGUACUACAAUGACUAUGGUGACAUCAUUAAGGAAACCCUCAGUAAAACCAGGCAGAUUGAUAAGAUCCAGUGUGCCAAGACCCUCAUCCUCAGUUUGCAGCAGUUGUUUAAUGAGCUUGUUCAAGAGCAAGGCCCCAACCUGGACAGGACGUCCGCCCAUGUCAGUGGCAUUAAGGAACUGGCUCGUCGCUUUGCGCUCACGUUUGGGCUAGACCAGAUCAAGACGCGUGAAGCUGUGGCCACCCUGCACAAGGAUGGCAUUGAGUUUGCCUUUAAAUACCAGAAUCAAAAAGGACAAGAAUAUCCACCUCCGAAUCUGGCUUUCCUUGAAGUGCUAAGUGAAUUUUCUUCUAAACUUCUUCGACAGGACAAAAAGACGGUGCACUCGUACCUGGAGAAGUUCCUGACGGAGCAGAUGAUGGAGCGGCGCGAGGACGUGUGGCUGCCGCUCAUCUCCUACCGGAACUCGCUGGUGACGGGCGGCGAGGACGACCGCAUGUCGGUCAACAGCGGCAGCGGCAGCAGCAAGGCCUCGUCGGUGCGCAGCAAGAAGGGGCGGCCGCCGCUGCACAAGAGGCGCGUGGAAGACGAGAGCCUGGACAGCGCGUGGCUCAACCGCACGGACACCAUGAUGCAGACGCCCGGCCCGCUGCCCGCGCCGCAGCUCACCUCCACCGUGCUGCGCGACAGCGGCCGCCCCGUCGGGGAGCAGAUCCAGGAGCCCGAGGCGGAGCCGGGGGCCGAGCCCGACUUCCUGCACAACCCGCAGAUGCAGAUCUCGUGGCUGGGGCAGCCCAAGCUGGAGGACCUGGGCCGCAAGGACCGCAGCGGCAUGAGCUACAUGAAAGUGCGCGCCGGUGUGCGGCACGCCGUGCGCGGGCUGAUGGAGGAGGACGCGGAGCCCAUCUUCGAGGACGUCAUGAUGUCAUCGCGCAGCCAGCUGGAGGACAUGAACGAGGAGUUCGAGGACACCAUGGUGAUUGACCUGCCCCCGUCCAGAAACCGGCGCGAGCGAGCCGAGCUGAGGCCGGACUUCUUCGACUCGGCGGCCAUCAUAGAGGACGACUCGGGGUUCGGCAUGCCCAUGUUCUGAGCUCCGGAGCCGCCGCUGCCGCCUAGAGGCCGACAUACUGUGAUGGCGCGCGUGCGCGGGAGGCGCUGCCCACGCCACGGGCGGCCCUGCGUGCGUGCGUGCGGGCGGGGCGCCGCCGGGAGCCGUCCCCGCGCACAGGCACGCCCCGCGGAGGAGGAAGAGGCUUUCCCUCGGCGCCCACGCCGAGGCCCGGGGCGGGUCUUCCCCACUCGACUCGGCGGU